CAGCCGAGGGGGAGCGAGGAAAGCGGGCGGUGGACGGUAGUACAGUCACGCAGUCAGCGGCGGGUGUUGGUGGUGGAGUGACGCUCACCGCAGACAGGCACGGGCACAGUUGUCGACGCGCUCCUCCGUGCUUCUCGCUAGCCGUCUCUCGUAGGGUCCUUAGUGAGUUGCAGAGAGGAAGAGUGAGUCAGGUGUAAAUAUAUGCACUGACAAGGCGUGUGUUUGGAUUCCCGUGUUUACAUGGGAACUGGAAAACAAAUACUGUGUAUGUCGCUGGUUUAGAGACUAGAAUAACAGAAAAAUAACACGUACAUCACGGAAAAUAUAUACGCAUAUACAUACAUAUAUUUAUACACGAGUGAGGAACAACACCCGUUGUGAUAAUAGUGUUGAAAACUGAAACUUACGUGGUGUAAGAUGCGAAACCUAACUUUACCAGAAAAAUAAAUCCAGAAGUGAAUGUGACAAAGCAAGCUGUCUAGAAAAGAAUGAAUGAAGGAAACACGUGCCUACAGUAAGCACAGGAGGGAAGAUAACACGCGUUGCCUGCAGCUCGUCGGGACGAAGCGACAGAAAGAAAACGUGGCGUGAGGUGGUGUGAGGUAAGACGAGAAAGAGAGAGAGAGAAAGCAGACAAGCAGCCACAGCAACAACGAACGCAAACACGGCUGACUGAGAACUGUGGCGGGGGGAGAGACGGUGACCACAUAGAGCGAAAACUGCGUGAUGGAGUGACAGAGUGAGAGAAAGAGGAAAGCAGUGAGAGAAAGAGGAAGAGAGGGAGAGACUGAGAAGGGGAAGUUAAAGUAUUAUAGUGAGUAACACCUAGUGGGCGCGCCCACACACACACACACACACACACACACACACACACACACACACACACACACACACACACACACACACACACACACACACACACACACACACAAAACAUGCACCCCAGGCCCGCCUGACACCGCCUCGCCGCGCCCAGUCUCGCGGGGCUGGAGCCCUGCCACCAUCAGGCCCCCAACACCCUGCCAGCCCCGCCCCCAGCCCCUUGCCCCCCGCCGCGGCGCUUCCCGCUGAUGUGGCGGUGAGGGAGAGUGCGGGGGCGGAGGUGUUGGUGUGGGCGGGCGAGGGUGUGGGCGCUGCUGGCCUGUGUCAUCCUCCUGCCCCGCCCAGCCACGCCCGUGCUGACCACGCCCGUCCCCGCCCAACAAGAUGACUGGGGCACCCUGGUGGCGGUGGUGGCGCAGCGGGGUUCCACGGCACGCCUGCCCUGCCAUAUUACCUCCCCCACACCGGGCGGGGACGUGCUGCUGGUAUUGUGGUACAAGAAUGCCUCUGUCACUCCGGUGUACAGUUACGAUUCCCGAGAGCCGCUUGGCCAGGCGGGCGAGGCCGGAGGGCGUGCCCGACAAUGGGGUGACGAGGCAGCGUGGGGUGUGGAGCAGAGAGCGUGGUUUGACACCUCCAGCAGCCCCGCCCACCUGCUGGUGAGGAACACGACGGGGCGGGACGAGGGCAACUACCGGUGCAAGGUUCACUUCAAGGGGUCCCCGUCCUGGUCACAGAGGAUUACGCUGAGCGUGGAAGAUCCGCCGGGCUUCCCCAAACUUCAGGAUGAGUCUGGGCAGCGGCUGGAGGGUCCCAUCGGCCCCUACGAGGACGGCACCGUGGUCAGGAUGUUGUGUCGUUCGUCAGGGGAUCCCCCUCCCAGGCUGGUAUGGGGCGGCAGCGGUGCGGGGCGGAGAAGUGACCUGCCCUCCGAAGGCUCUAUCGUGACCACACAACUCAACGUGGAGGCGUCUCGCUCCACCGCCGACACCAACAUCACCUGCUCCUCCAUCAACACCACCUCAGACACUGUCAUCUAUACCGUCGCCACCACACUCAGAGUAAACCUGCCGCCCCUCAAGGUGACGCUAGAGGCCCCCGGGGCGUGGGUGAGCGCUGGCCAGCAGACGACCUUCAGGUGCCGCGUGGAGGGGUCUUCGCCCGAGCCGGUGGUGCAGUGGUGGUUGGGAGGGCGGCAGCUCGAACCCAGCACCCCGCCCCGGGUGGUGGAGGGCAAGGUGAGCGUGAGCACGGUGCGGCUGACCCCCGAGCCGGGCGACCACGGGGCCCUGCUGGUGUGCAAGGCGUUCAGCCCCAACCUGGCGGGCACCGUCCUGCACGACCAGCGCACCCUCGCCGUCCAUUUCCUGCCGGUGGCCGUCAGCAAGGUGGAGGGCGGCGGUACACAGGCCAACGUGCGGGAGGGCGGCGUGGUGACCUUCACCUGCACCGUCACCGCCAACCCCAAGGUGUACAGCGUCUCCUGGUACCACAACGGGCGGCGGGUGCAGGAACACACUCGGGCAGCGAUGGUGACCAACUCGAGCUUGACGCUGCGCAACGUGACGGCCAAGAUGCGAGGACUGUACACUUGCGUCGGCAGCAACGGGGAGGGCGACGGCCAGAGCAACGCGCUCAACCUCAACGUGGAGUUUGUGCCGGUGUGUCGGCCUGGGAGACGCCGGGACUUCGUGGUAGAUCCUGAAGGCUCCGUGAACCUGGAGUGCGGCGUGGAGGCUCACCCAGCGGCCCUCACUUACAACUGGGCCAUCGUGAGCCAGGCAGAGGCGUCCGCCGUGCAGUCGCUCCCCAGCUCAGGCCGUGUGGAGGGCCUCACGGGCCAUUACAGACUCACAGGGGUCGGGAGGCGCCUCACUGUGCUCUGCUGGGCUAAGAAUACUGUGGGUGCCCAAACCAAACCUUGCAGGCUCACCGUCCACACCCAAGGACGCCCCCAGCCGGUCAGGAGCUGCAGGGUUGGUAAUAACACCGCGGCGGGGUUUGCAGUGCUGUGCCAGCCUUCGAUCCCCUCAGGAAGCGACAUCCGAUACACGCUGCUUGUUUAUGCUCAGAACAAUCCUCGCGGGAGUGACGACGAGCAGGGCGGCGCCGGGGAAAGAAAUGAGGUCAUGUGGCCUUCAGGAGGGGAGGAGGUGGACCCCGAGCACCCCACCGGCGACCUCCUCCUCAACCUCACCUCAACCUCGCCGGAAUUCGAGGUGGGCGGGCUGCAAGCAGGCCCACGAGUUUACGGUGCUGGUGUCCGCGACCAACGCCGAGGGAACCAGCCAGGCCGCGGAGCUCAGUGCCUUCACGCUGCGGGACAACAAGGCCCAGACUGUCAUAGGAGUUCCAUCGGGAGGAGGACGCGGGCAGCAGCAACAAUGGUGGCGGCAGUAUUAGUAGCAUUAAUGGUAAUGGCGGAGGAAAAAAUGGCGUAGCGAAGGAUGGUGAGGGUGAAGGUAAUGAAGGUGUUGUGGGCGGCGGGUGGGCGUUGGUGGCCGCCCAUGAUGGCGGUGCUCGCUGCCUCCCUGGCCGCCAUCCUGCUCCUCUCAGUGCUCGUCAUCCUUCUCACCAGGCGCAGGGCCAGGCGGGCACACGGAGGUGCGCCGACACUAAGCCAGGCGAAGUUGCAAAGUGAAGUGGUGACGGGUGGCUGCAUCUCGACAAGACCUUCCUUCUUCCCUCCCGGCCUUCCUUCUCUUCUCCUGG